UGCAGAAGUAGAAGAAGAGGAAAACACACAUGUAAGUGCACUACAUGUUUACCUAUUUGAUCCAAUGUGAAUUUUCUACUUGAGGAAAGUCACUAUAUCACUAGAAGUCUCGUGACAUCGUGAUCGUUCGGCGUUUCAGUUAAGAGAGAGUCAGUCGACGUUUCUGAUCUGAUUAACAUUAGUAUGAACUAUGGAAACACGGACUGAUAUGAGCAGGAUUAAUUGAUCAUCUGAUGUAGAUAUGAAGCUCAAAGAGCUAGAAAGCUGUCUUCAACAGGUGGAUGGAUUUGAGGAGCCCAAAAUACUCCUGGAGCAGUAUCCCACCAGUCCGCAUAUAGCUGGCUGUAUGUUGUACACCAUCCACAACACAUUUGAUGACAUACAGCAUAAACUAGUUGCAGACUUGGGCUGUGGAUGUGGGGUUCUGUCUAUAGGAGUUGCAGUGCUUGAUGCUGGGCUAUGUGUUGGAUUUGACAUUGACAAAGACGCCUUGGACAUAUUCAAAGGAAAUGUUGAGGAUUUUGAACUGUCAAACAUUGAUAUGGUCCAGUGUGACGUGUGCUCUAUUGGAUCCUCUUACGCCAAGAAGUUUGACACGGUCGUCAUGAACCCGCCAUUUGGCACGAAGCACAACCAGGGUAUUGACAUGCAGUUCCUGCGGACAGCGAUUUCCAUGGCAAGUACAGCAGUGUAUUCCCUUCACAAGACCUCAACACGAGAUCACAUUCAGAAGAAAGCAAAUGAUUGGAAAGUGAAAAUGGAAGUCAUUGCAGAGCUCAGAUACGACCUGCCAGCAUCUUAUAAGUUCCACAAAAAGAAGUCGGUUGAUAUUCAAGUGGACUUCAUACGAUUCACUCCAACAUAAACAUGUUGGGCAAAAAGGAGUUUGUGUUGCUUUGCUAAAUUUUAGUAUUAUUUUAUGGAUAAAAAUACACUGUUCCUCAAAAUACCUUUUCUAAAUGACCAUACUGCAUCAUUUUUGGGUGGAUACCACAGAAAUACCAGUGUCUAUGUAGGAUUUCCAAACACGCUUGUUGGAACUUUAUUUAAAUUUGUGCUUUCACAUUUUUGGCAGCAUACACAGUUGAUAAAACAUCACAAUAAACAAAUUACACAAUAUUUAUAGUAAAAUCCUGGGUUCACAACUAUAUUACAAAUACAAAAUCAUCCAAAUAAAUAUUAAUAAU